GUGGAGCCGCUAAGCGCGGUAGUUCAGCGCUUUACUGUAUUGGGGAUGGAGCGCUGAAGUAAUCCAAACCGGUCUUGGCGCUUUGAUGCGCUGCGGCCAACUUCAACUGCUUUUAUCAGACCAACUCCUACGGCACAUCUUGCCCAUUCGACCUCCAUUUCUUCUGAGCGCCUGACCGUUCUCAUUUCCGACUUUUCGAAAUGUCGGACGCGCUCUCCAUUGAACAGAACAACAAAAUCCGAGCCGCGCUCGGCCUCAAACCUCUCCCCGUCCCCGGUGCCGACGCCACUGCCGGUCCUAGUUUCAAAGAGCACGAUGAUUCUGAUUCAGACACAUCCUCAGACGAAGAAGACCCAGCAAGCACAUUAGAAUCCCGACAAGCGCAAGCCGGCGAGAACUGGAAGAAACUCCAAGAUGAAGCCGAGGCGAAGCAGAAACGAGAGGAAAGGAACGCGGCAAUCAAAAAGGCGCGCGAGCAGGCACAGAAAAAUGCCAAGCUUGAGGGUUCGACAUUAGGUGAAACGGGUGGUGCGGAGGAUACAAAGACAUGGUUGCAGCAGGCGAAAAAGCGACAGAAGAAGAUCGAGAAGGAACGGGCGCGUAAACUCGAGGAAGAACUCGAGGAGCGGGAACGGGCUGCAGCGACGGAAUACACUUCGGCGGAUUUGGCUGGUUUGAAGGUCGGACACGAAGCUGGUGAAUUUGAUGGUGAGGAGGAGCAUAUUCUUACCCUCAAGGAUGCCGCGGUCGACCAGGAAGACGAGGGAGAUGAAUUGGAGGAUCUUGCUUUGAGGGACAGCGAAAAGACGGCUGAGAAAUUGGAGUUGAAGAAGCGCAAACCUGUUUACGAUCCGACCGCGGAAAACGCCGGAAUUCUAGCACAAUACGACGAGGAAAUUGAGGGCAAGAAGCGGAAACGUUUUACCCUUGAUGCCACCGGUUCGACUGCCGAAGACCGCGAUGCCCAGCGACAGGAAGUCUCCGAGAAGUUGAAGAAGAAUGCCAUCAGCCUUGACUUAGAUCUGGAGCCUCAGGCUCCCGUAUCGGAUUACAUGGACAUCAGCGAAGUCAAAAUCAAGAAGCCAAAGAAGAAGAAGACGAAGACUACCAAGCAACGUGCUGUGUUAGAUGAUGAGGAUACCUUCCCAGCCACUGAGUCGGGCAACGUCCCAGACGGGACAUCGAUGGAAGUUGACAAAAACAAUAAAACACCAGCGCCCGCCCCUGCUCCGCGAAAGCGGAUAAGCGAAGAUGUCUCGUUCGCAGACGAUGACGAUCUACAAGCAUCCCUUACACGACAAAGACGUGCUGCCUUCAAGAAGCGUCAGAAGGUCAAGCCAGAAGACCUUGCGCGACAGCUCCGGGAAGAAGAGUCACAGACACCGAUGGAAGUGGAAAACGCAGAGAAUGAAGAGGAACCUGGUCUUAUUAUCGACGAAACUUCUGAAUUCGUCUCUAACCUACAGCGACCCACGCUUCCCGACCGCCGUGAAAGCCGUAAGACUGCUACACCUGUACCAGCAGAAGCGCCAUCAUCUCCUGCGGAAGCGCCUCAUGUCGAGCUAGAGGGCGAUGUGGACAUGGGCCGGACUUACAGUGGCAUUGAGGACGAGGAGGAGCUCAAGGAACGCAUUAAGCAGGACGAGGCCAAGGCGCAGCAGGGGAUCAGUGGCACCGGAUUGGAAGAAGAAACUACAUUAGACCAAGGAUUGGGAGCUACAUUAUCUAUGCUUAAGCAACGUGGUCUCGUGAAACAAACUGACAGUGCUUCGAACAAUGCACUCUUCCGGGAGCGCCAGCGCUUUCUGCAUGAAAAGCAACACCUUGAAACUGAAGCUGAAAAGCGUGCUCGCCAGCAAAGAGAGCGCGAUCGUACCUCAGGCAAGCUCGACCGCAUGUCUGCUCGCGAGCGGGAAGAGCAUGCUCGCUGGGAGAACAAACAGCGUGACCAGCAUGACUCACGCCACAUGGCCGAUGUGUUCAACCGCGAAUACAAGCCGGACGUACAGCUCAAGUACGUGGACGAAUACGGUCGUCUCAUGAACCAAAAGGAAGCGUUCAAGCAUUUGAGUCACCAAUUCCACGGCAAGGGCAGCGGCAAGAUGAAGACGGAGAAGCGGUUGAAGAAGAUCGACGAAGAGAAGCAACGCGAGGCAAUGAGUACAUUGGACAGCAGUCAGCAUACGGGUAUGAACAAUGCAAUGGGGGCGACUGCACGGAAGAACCGCCAGGCAGGUGUGCGGUUGGGUUGAUUUCUUUUACUAUUUCCUGUCUAUAUACCAGAGGUAGAGGCUAUUGCAUAGGUAAUGGAUGAUGAAUUUUCCGGAGCGUUAAAAGAUACUCCGGACUGGCAAUGGCUAAGCGAGGAUUGCCCACUUGGCAUGUGGAGAUUUGCGCUACUGUACCUUAUUUCCCCAGGCGCACCCUGUCGAUUAAACUAUCCCGAAUAGGCAAAAGUGAGGUUCUCCAACGCGUGAGGAGAAAAAACAGUGGAUUCUGUCUGGAUCAGUUCACCGAAAGCGGCAUCACAUGAUAUGCGAGUCACAUGAUUUGGAGAUUGAUAACUGAGUAUCUGGGGUUUUACGAUUAUUUAUGUGC